CGAAGGAGAAGCCUACGAGGAGGCAGAAGGAUGCACGUGGCGCUUAGCUGCACGUUUCCAAAGAGAUCUUCGCAGAAUCGUAGGAGAUCAAGUAGCCUGAAUGGUUGGCGAUGAAUCAGCUGCUAUGAGGAGCCAUUCAUCAAGCGGCGGCGAGCAUAUUCAUCGGCCAGCACGCCUUCCGCCACUCUGUCGGCGCCGCCCGCCUUCUUCAGCAUGUCCAUGUGGCUACACACGCGUCGAGGAUACGAGCGGGUGGACGUGUUCUGCAUCAUCCAUCUUGCCCUUUGUUGGGAGCACCAGGCGCCAGCGCCUUUGCCCUCUGUCCCUUCUAUUCGCCCUCCUGCCCUGGCUCUUCUUUUUCAGUGCUUCCAGCUUCACCCCGCCAACCCGUCUCUACUCACGGCACAAUGUCAGGCCACACCAUGCCCACGUCAACGGUCCACCUGAUCGGCCUCACGCUGCGACAUCUCCAACGCUCCCACCGGUGCGGCAGCGGCUGACGAGUCAUGACGUGUGCGACUAUCUUUUCCUGGUGCCGGGGGGGCUAGAGGGCGUGGCAGCCGACUACAUAUCGUCACGGCUCGGUGUGCCUCGAGAGGCGAUAGUGAUCUUGCCGAGGGAAGAUAGUGGGUGGGCUGGUGGCGGCAAGCUGGUGGUGUCGGUGAAUGCGGCACAGGUGUCUAUCGACAGGCUCAGGGCGCUCGGCCUCACCCCGCUGUACGCCUACGUCCUGGCGACCAGCGGUGUCCCGAUCCGCGACAGGCGGCACGCCAGCCACCAGAUUCAGCGGGUGCUGCAUGAAGCCGUGCCUGCGAUGGAGAAGGCCCUCGUCACAUGGGCAGAGUGGCAGGGAGCCGUGCAGGGCGACCAGACCGUGUGGGAACGGAUACGCGACCGGUCACUCAAGAUGAGGGGGUGCUGCGUGCGCAGCGGGAGGCACAAGUAUGACGCCAUGGCCGUCAUCCGUAUGAUGAACCGGGCUUUGGCCAAUGAGGGGUGGAGCGUGGAAUUGCACGACGCCGAGUGCACCCUCGUGGGCUUCCUCGACGGCAGCCGACUCACGAUCGCCAUCCCCUUUGCCCCGAUGUCCUCCUCACCGUCCUCUUUGCGGCGGGAGGAAGUGCCUUAUCGGGUGGGUAUGUGUGCUGUGCAUGUCAGAAGCAAGGCAACCAUCCUCAGCCCGUCAGUUGUUUCUUCGUUGAUGCGUGUGUGCGGAUGGAUCCUCAGGCCGUGUCGAUGCAUUUCCAGUUCCACGAUCUGCAUCGCUCGCUAGCCGUGCUCAUGGCCCAUCUGGCGCUCGACGGCGUGCGGUCGGGUGCUGUCGUGAUGGACCCCGUGAGCAGCUCGGGGACCCUGGCCAUCGAAGCCGCUGCCAUGGCGCCCAACGUGACAGUGCUGUGCUCCCAUCCAAGGCCCAUGGGCAGUGUGCUCACCAGGGCAAACUCUCUCAAGGCCAAACGAAUGGGACACUUCAGGUCAGCCUGCCUGCCCGAUGCGGUCGGUCGGUACCUUCUGUCUGAUAGCGAUACUCUUCCUUCCUGAUGUGUGUGUCUUUAUUCUCCAUCCAUCCGUUGAUGCCUGCAGUGAGGGGAGCCGUGUGGAGGUGGUGGGUGCGUUCCCUCCCGUCCCCCUCCCGCCCCACCUGCUGGACGCCAUCGUCAUGUGCCUCGCCCCAUCCGAAGAGAGCGAGGAGUUCCGGCACGCUGGAGACGCCAUCGGCUUCCUCGCCGACUUCUGCAGCAGGGAGGCCAUCAGGCUACUCCGGCCCGGUGGGCGGCUCGUGUGCGCGCUUCGAGACUGCCGCAACCCCUACCCCGUGCUGUCAGCCCUCAACGUCACGGCGGCCGACCGCAUCACAGUCACAGAGGGGCCGGCAAUCGUGCGUCCAAGGCCCACCACACUUCCUUCUUGUCGUCAGCAGCCAUCUGUUGGUGUAUCGCAGCGGCCCUUUCCUUCUUCAGUGCGCCGGCAGCCUGGCUGGGGCGGCGGGGGUGUAGUGGGCAGUGGAGGACUGCUCAGAGACACGGGGCUAUCCCGGCGGCCGACAGUGGUGGCUGCAUCGCCAGACAACGAUGGCCUCGAGCACCACUCGGUGCUCGACUCGCAGAUGCAGCAGCACGGAGAGGGAGGGGGAGAGGGGGGCGACAUGUGGGCGUCGGCGACGGUGUAUCGCGUCUUGUGUCGCAACGACCGGUAUCGGCUGUUCGUGCUGACCAAGCGGGGUGGCCAUGAUGAAGCAGACAGGACCGAGGAGGAGGAUGGCUCGGCCAGCCGGCGCACGGAGCUGUCGAGGCUGCUGGAAUCGAUCAUCGACGGGCGAUGGGCCGACGCCCCCGAGCUUGAAGACAAUGACCAUGGACAUGAUGAUGACGAGGAUGCUUCCGAUGCAGCUGAGGAUGGACGUGUGUCUGCGCUGCCCAUGCGUGCCCUGCAUCGUUGGCCGGUGCGCAGGAGGCUGAGGACGGCAUUUGACCAGGGAUGGCAGGCGGUGAGACAAUGAGGGAGUCAGAGAGGGAGGGAUGGAGGGGGGAGGGGCUGUCUGCGAAUGAAGUGCAUACGUGAAGAGAGAGACACGAACCAGAGGAGCGAGGGAGGGAGGGAAAGGUACGCCGGACGGACAUUUUUGGGGAUUCACUCGGACAUCAGAUCUG